AUGAAAGCAUUAUUUGUCUAUCCCUUGGCUUCAAUUGCCGUCUCAUUUGUUUUAUCAUCUGCUGAAGGGGAAACACAAGAAUGUUCAAGAUUCAAUAAAUGGAUUACCUUCAGUUCUAAACCAUACUGCAAGACAGCUGCAAGUGUUGAGGAUCAAGUUAAAAAUAUGUUACAUCAUCUAGGAUUAGUUAAUUCACCAGAAUCCGUAAAACAGAAUAAGUGGAAUACCUGGUUAAAAAAAAAGAAAAUAUCAUUGACUGAAAAAUUAGAAACUGAAUCACAACAAUAUAUGGAAAACUUGGAAAAUGAUUGGGAUGAAUUUAUGAUAUCUUUAGAAAAUAAAUGGAGGCAUUAUAAUCCCCAUAUGGAAGAUGAAUAUGCAUGUAGUGUUUAUCCACUUGGAUUAAAAUGGGAUAAGAGUAAGUGGACAUUGUGGUUUUAUAAAAAGGGAUUAGAGUGUUUGAAGAAUGAUUUUAAAAAAUGGAUCACUGAAUGUAAAAAAGGUUACAACACCCACAUGAAAAAUGUUGUACAGGAAUUUGAUAAACAAUAUUAUGAUGAUUGGUGUAGUAGAUCUGAAAAAUAUCGUGAAGAUUAUUAUUGCAAGAGAUGGAAAAAAAGAGGAUUACAUAAUGACCAGCACGAUUCGUUAAAGUUAGAGCAGUGUCAAAAUUGGAAUGAAAGUAACGAAAAUGAAAAAGAUGUGUGGACAACUCUUAUGAAGGAUGCGCUAAAAUAUUACGCAGGACCCGAUUUCAAUUUAUGGAUUGAGUUUAGAAAAGAAAAGAUAUACUUUUACAAGCAAUGGAUGCAAGCUUUCGCCGAACAAUGGACACAAGUUAGUCAAUGGAAUACGUGGACUGCAGAAAGAAAAGAUUAUAUAAAAAAGCAUAAAGAUGAACAAGCAAAAAAAAAAGCAGCAUUAAAAAAAGCACCAACAAAAAAAUCAGCACAAAAUAUAGCAUAA